AAGAAAAGAAAAGAAAAGAAAACGACCUUCAUGUGGGAGGAUGACUUUAGCGGAGGAGGACGCGCAGAUGAUUUCUUCCACCUUAGGGGGAGGAUCCGUCCACGUAACGCGAGGCAAACUCACCGCAUUUGCUCGCAUUAGCGUUUCCUCCUUCAGCCGUGAUGCAUCAGAGUAAUGAAGCGGCAGUCUGGAGAUGACCGUGGCACCCCCGCUCACAGCCCGCAGUCUACAUAGAAGAAGAGACCGCUGCUGAACUUCGCUUUCAUUCGGACGUUUUUGGUGAUUUUUUUGCGUAAAGAAGGGGAGUGACUGUUUCUUAAUAAAGCCAUCAUCGUAAAAAAUUAAAGAAGUGAAAUCUAGAGGAUGAGCAGCUUAGGUCAUGUACCCACACGGGUGAAAUCCAAGCGGACUGAGGUCAGGCUCGGCGCGGAGAGGGAUCAUUUUGACAAGCAGCAGCUCAGCAGCAUCAGCAAAGCCAUCAAUUCCACUGAGAUACCUGUGAAAGAGAAACAUGCUCGACGAAUCAUAUUGGGCACUCACAGGGAGAAGGGAGCCUUCACCUUCUGGUCCUACGCUCUGGGCUUCACUUUUCCCAGCAGCUCCAUCCUUUGCUGGAAGUUCUGCCAUGUGCUGCACAAAAUCCUGCGAGACGGGCACCGCAAUGUUCUACAAGACUGCACGAGACAUUACAGCUCCAUGGUUGAAAUCGGGGAAAUAUGGGGCAACCUCCAUGACAGAUACGGACAGCUGGUGACUCUCUACUCGAAGCUGCUCUGCACAAAACUGAAGUUUCAUACGAAGCAUGGCGAUAUCCCAGCAAACCUGGAGAUCACAGAUGAAGAGCUGGAGCGCGCUGCAGGAACAGACAUUAAUAAUGUGUUCCAGCUCUCUGUGGAAGUGUUUGAUUACAUGGACGCAGAGCUGCGGCUGGCUGAGACAGGUGAAAACAAAAACUCAUCCCACCUUUCCUCCCCUCUGCUUAAGAACUUCUUCAAUAGAGCCAAAGAGAUGAUCUACUUCAAGAGACUCAUCCAGAUCCCCAAGCUGCCUGAAUCCCCGCCUAACUUCCUGCAUGCAGCCUCACUGGCGAAACACGUGAAGCCAGUGGUGGUCAUCCCCAAUGAGGAUGAACCGGAGAUGCAGGAUGACGACGAUGACGAGCCGGAGCCGCUCAUCGAGGUCGACAACGUCACGACCUCCAGCGUACAGGCUCAGCCGCAGCAAGUGGACAUAUUUGAUCAAACCUUCGGCCCUCCAAAUGGAGGCUUUGAUGACAGGGACCUCCAGAUUGAGACCCUUAAGCGGGAACUCGAGCUGUUGAGAGCAGAGCUGGAGAGGGUGAAAGCCGAGGCUCAGCGUUACAUCACGCAGCUCAAAUCCCAGAUCAACAGUUUGGAGGCAGAGCUGGAAGAACAGCGUGCGCAGAAACAACGAGCCCUUGUGGAAAAUGAACAGCUGCGCAUGGAGCUCGAAGCGACCCGCCGCCGCAACACUGAACACGAGAGCUUACAGACCACCUUCGUCGAGGCUGAAAAAAGGGCACAAGCCACUGAACAGCGGUACAAUAAGCUGAAGGAGAAGCACACAGAGCUGGUGGGCAGCCAUGCUGAGCUGCUUCGGAAGAGUGCAGACACUGUGAAGAUGCUGUCAGUAACCCAGCAGACCCAGGAGGAAGUGGAGAGAACCAAACAGCAGCUGACCUUCGAGAUGGAUCGAAUAAAGCAGGAAGCUGACAUGAAGAUGGAAGAGCAGAGGUUUGAGGUGGAGAGGGUGAAGAGAGAGCUGGAGGAGAAGAUGGCAGAAGUGACCCGUAUCAAGGCGACCCUGCAGAGCAGCGAGAAGACGUCGGAGCAAAUUAACAGCUCGAUGACGGCUCUGCAGACGGAAAAGGAGCGUCUGAUGCGGUCUGUGAGCGAGAAGGAGGCUGAACUGUCAUCACUGCGGCAGACUGCGCAGCUGCAGCAGUCGUCGCUUCAGCAGGAGCGAGAUAAGACCAGCAGGGAGCUGGGAGAGCUGCAGGGAAAACUGAAGGAGAAGACAAGUCAGGAGGAGAUGAUGAAGCAGAAGCUUCUGGAGGAGCAGUUUGCCCUGCUGCAGGGAACUAUAACAGAAGCUGAGACCAUCAUCCAAGAUGCUAUUGCCAAGCUGGAUGACCCCCUCCAUAUACGCUGCACCAGCUCUCCAGAUUACCUCAUAAGUCGGGCAGAGGCUGCACUUGGCUCCAUCGACAAAGUGAAAAAGGGCCAUGCAGAUUAUCUGAGAAACAUGAGCGAUGCUGGCACGCUGCUGAGAUCUCUGACCCAGUUCUCUCACUUAACCGCGGACACAAUUGUUAACGGCAGCGCUACUGCACACAUGGCACCCACUGACCAUGCCGACAAACUGACGGAGAACUGCCGAAGCUGUGGCACUCAGAGUCUGCUGUUUUUGGGGGAGAUGAAGUCCAAGGCCACGCUACAGAAGGCAGACCCAGCCACCAUUUGCAUAAUCAUACAGAAGAUCCUACACCUGGGUCAGGAGCUGCGGCCAAAGGGCUUGGACGUUCGUCAGGAGGAGCUGGGAGACCUGGUCGACAAGGAGAUGGCUGCAACAUCUGCAGCUAUUGAGGAGGCAGUCCGCAGGAUCGACGAAAUGAUGAGUCAGGCACGAAAAGACACCACAGGAGUUAAACUGGAAGUCAAUGAAAGGAUCCUCUUCAGCUGCACAGACCUGAUGAAGGCCAUCCGCAUGCUGGUCAUAGCAUCCACCGACUUGCAGAAGGAGAUUGUCGAGGGUGGGCGGGGCGCAGCCACCAUUAGGGAGUUCUAUGCCAAAAACUCUCGCUGGACAGAGGGACUCAUUUCUGCUGCCAAGGCGGUGGGAUGGGGAGCCACGGAGAUGGUAGAGUCUGCUGAUAAGGUGGUUCUGCACACGGGAAAAUAUGAGGAGCUGAUCGUCUGCUCUCAUGAGAUUGCUGCAAGCACGGCGCAGCUGGUGGCGGCUUCAAAGGUUAAGGCAGAUCGCCACAGCAAGAAGCUGACAAAACUCCAGCAGGCUUCUCGCCACGUGAACGAAAUGGCAGCUAACGUGGUGGCCUCGACAAAGACUGGCCAGGAGCACCUGGAGGACAAAGAUACAAUGGACUUCUCUGGGAUGUCGCUAAUCAAGCUGAAAAAAGAAGAAAUGGAGUCACAGGUGAAAGUGUUAGAAUUGGAGAGCAUGCUAGACAAUGAGCGUCUGCGCUUGGGCGAGCUCAGGAAGAAGCACUACGAGAUAGCCGGAGUUCCUCUGGACCAGCUUUCCGAGGGGAACGGUGAAACCUCCUCGCUGGUCAAUCCUGUCACCAUGUCACCAAAACCCUUAAAGCCCAGUCUCAUGAAGAAGCCUCCGCUGGCCCAGAAACCCAACAUCCCACCCAAAAAUCAAUUUGCAUACAGUUUUAAAUAAAUGCCUGAGCAGAAGAAUGAGAAGCACUGACAGGAUGGUUGGACUGAAGAGGAGGAAGACAGCCUUUUUGUGAACCUGCACUUCCUUUAAGUUGCAUGCUGACAAUCCUCUAAUCCUGCUUCUAUUGUCUCCGUGUCCUGCUUUUAUUUGUCUUUCCUUUUUUUGCCAAAAUGGACCAGAAGCCUGAUGUUUGAUGCUUGAUGUCUGGUUGUUUUUUUUUUAUUAUUAUUAUUAUUAUUAUUUUCUUUUCAUGUUAUUGUUAGGCAUCGAGAACAAAAGGUAAAUGAUAAAGUUUUGGUUGUAUUUAAAGUAUUUUUUUUCUUCUCUAUAUAAUUUUAAACCAUUAAACACUACUCCUGCUUUUUAAAAUGCAAACCUCAUCACUGACCACAAAUCGACAGCAUAUCUUGAACUUGUAGGAUUGUUAGAUUUGAUCAUCUUCUUUUCAGUUUUGGGGUUUUUUUUUUUUGUUUUUUUUUUUUCGCUGUUUUGGAUGUUUGUCACAGAGCACAUCAGUUUUCUCAGCGUACACUAUGAUAUUUGUGGUGUGGUGGGUUUUAAAGAAAACUGGGGGAAUCACUUGCAUCCACGUUUCACAAAUUUAACAUACCUCCAAGCUUCGCCUUCACGAUGGACGCCAUUCAUGUCCUGUGUAAAACUGCUUUCUUUCUCAAGAAUACAAGAUUGUCUCAGAGGCCUUGAAUAGUGCUGUACCAGUGCACUGAAUGAUACCUGUAGAGACAUACAGUCUGUAUAGGAGUGUGCAAAGUAUUUAUAGCUACACUCAUCUCUUUAAAUACCCCUUUACUAGCAGAGAACCUGGAUAUUAUGUCAAAUAGAUGCUAUAGUGCUUGCACACACAUACUGGCUGUAGGUGUCCUUAAUUAUCAAAUGCUUCUUUCAGGCUGAAUAUGCAGAUUUAGGUUUUAGUAGUUGUAUGAUAUCAAGGUGUUGAAGUCCUUGCUGCCUCUUGGGAGCCUUUUCUUAUAGGGUCUUACAGGUUCUGUUCUUUCCUCUGUAUGAAAUGUCUUUAUAAGCUCAGAUCUAUUAAUAUAUUUUAGUAAAGAUACUGGUGUUUUGUUUUUUUUUCCUUGUAACAUGAAUGAACAAUAAAUGUUUGAUUUUAA